AUGCACGAUCUCGUUGAAUUGCCCGUGGAAUUUCUUGAUACCAUUCUAAAAUAUGCAUAUGACAUCGAUUCUAAUCCCAGUGAGCCGCCGGAUCAGCAGCAGCUCACCAGUCUGCUCUUGGUCAGUCGCAAGUGGCAUCAGGCGUUCCUUCCCCGUGUCUAUUCCUCCUGGUCCUUUAAUGGCGCCUGCCACACUUACCGGUCCCUCUGGUGCUUCCUGCGCACAGUUUUAACUUGCCCACACAUAGCCAACCUGGUUCAGACGUUGGAUGUCGGCAACUGGGGGCACGGUACCCCCUUUUACCUGUCAUCUGACACGUUUGAGGUCAGCGUUGCUGAAAGCACUCUCCUCUCAGAGGGAAUCCGCGGCGCGGGAAUGCAUCACUUGGAGUACGAUAUUUUGAAGAAUUUUCCACCGUCGGCGUUAGCCUUGGCUGAUCAUCGACCUCUAAUGGCACUACUGCUCGUUAACCUCAAAAAUGUUGCGAUAAUGUACGCUCACAUACCUAAUUCGGAUCCCUACCUGAGAGCCGCGCUAGAUAGACUUCUCAAGGGAUCCAGGCUGGACAAACUGCAGGAGCUGUAUCUUAUUCCCGAAGUUCCUAUUUUCGACCGAAAUCUUCGUGGUUCUCCGGGAUAUGAGAGGGAUACUACCAAUUUCCACCGUCUACAGCUUGACGGAGUAUGGCCCCUAUUGUUCCAGCCGCGUCUGCGUACCCUUUCAAUGGAUAAUCUUGACACUGAGAACGUUGCCUCGAUUCUCCAGCCCGAACGGAGUAAACGUGGGUGCGCCAUUGAGGAAUUGCAUAUCUCGUCGCACAAGCAGUCAAAGUGUUUACCAGACGAUGUCCACGCUCUGCUAACCCUGCCAAAGGCGCUAAGAAGUAUUUCCUUCUAUUGGCAUAACUACAAAUUCAAACACGGACCGGCGAAAAAAGACACAACAUGCAAGGUGUCCAACCAGCAAAUAUGGGAUAUGCUCCACAAGCACAUGUCUAGGCUGGAAAGUGUGGACAUUAUGCAUGGUACAGACAAUAGUCGCCACUGGCGCAGGGACCACUUUUCUUCGCUGGCUUUUUUUGCCAGAUUAAGGUCACUCGCGAUCCAAGCAGAGGUCCUAUUUGGUAGCGACCCCUCGCUCUUGGACACUACCUUGCCUGCCAGCCUGGAAGUCCUUAUGUUGUUCACUAGCACUGUCCGUACAGACUGCUUGUCGGGCGUCCUACGGGCACUAACCUCGGUCAUUGGAAAGGGAUUGCCGCGCUUGACAGAGCUUUGGGUAAAUGAUGAACGUCUUGCCCAUACGGACCAUCACAUGGCGGACCUCCAACACGAGCUUCAAGAGACUUGCACCAACCAUGGUGUCCGCCUUACUCUCUAUCCGUACGCUGACCCUCCGUUCCGAUCUGGAGCUCUUUGCCGGCGGCAUUGGCAACGCACAAGCUAUCUGCAAAACGACGGCUUUAGAAGGCUCACACUGACCCAUGAACACCAACUGGAGCGUGGGAACCCAAUAGCUGGAGAGUCCGACGAGGAGCCUAGCUACCCAUUAUGGCCGUCCGCCUUCCCAGAUCACAAAGGCGCCCAAUCAUUCACCAUCUACGAGAACAACGACCCGCAGAAAUGCCUCCAUCCGCUGAUAUCAUUCGCCAUCUACUUCACACACCCAGCCGCAGGAUAUCCGCAAACCGACAUGUGCGGUCUAUUCAAUCUUAUCCUGCAAGAAAUGGCCAAUUUCCAUUUCCGUCUUGACAUGUACUUUCUCCCUAAUGCUAGCAAGGGGGAUUGCAUAAUGCAUUACCGCGCUGAAAAGGCCACUGCGCGAAAGUCGCAUGUUGUCCUUGAUUUGGUGGAGCGCAGACUGCGCAACAGACUCACGCAACCGCCUUCUUUACGGGGCCGAUCGGAGAUGAUGGAUGAAUACGUCCUCGAUGGCAAGCGGUGGGGUGGCGCGCUGUGUAUAUGUGAAGCAAAGGACUGGGCUAAGAACGGGGAACGACUGUUCUGCAUGCUCUUUGAUACCUUGGACCAAGAGGCUAGCGCUGAACCGUCGACUUGGGAGGAGUUGCUGCCUAUAUCUGCGACGAGUCCCGGGGCUGAGACGACCAGUGAGACGGCGGCUGCGUGGAUGUAUGAUCUUGCGUAUCCCCUUAGAGAUAGAUGUGUGGAGGCCCGGAAGGCGGCGAGGAAGAGGGGGUGGAGGUGUUGGGUCUGAAGUCCUUCCAGAGUGCUACUGAUGGAGUAUGCGCAUGUACUAGGUCUGCUCUUGUCCCUCCUCAUGGAAUACGCCAUAUCCACCUCGAGUUGGGCAGUGGAGGUUUGAGCACAAUGCCAGGCGUCGUAGUAGUACGUGCUCUUGUAGCUAGACAGAGCGAGACUGGUUCUAGCGCGGCGUUGAAAGUCCUGUGCUAUGGUCGGUCAAGUUAAGGAAGAUAGUUGGUAUUCUAGAAAAUAUUUGGCGACAAUACCCGGAUCAUAAUCUUCAAAACUACCCCAUCGCAAUGCUCAAGCACAAGGUACACGACACUCGUUCCAUUGCGAUUCGUAACAAACUGUUCAAUCGACGCCCAUCGGAUCCACAUAUUUCUCCCCCACCUCUGUCUUUUCCGCCGCAUCUGAGCUAUGAUAUUGAGUACCUGUACUGAGAUUCUUAGUUCUUCCAUAUCUCCUUGACGCGGUAUGGCAUAGACGCUAUGCCUGAGGCGAGGAAUAAACUAC